AUGAUCUCCUCAUUGCUCCUGGCCUUCCUGUUCCUGGCUCCAGACGCAGUGGCCACUCCCAGAGCUGACAGUCAGUGCCUGGCAUGUGGGGGGCCCGCCUUGGACCUGGAGAGCCAGCGGGAGCUGCUUCUUAAUCUGGCCAAGAGAAGCAUCUUGGACAAGCUGCACCUCAGCCAGCGCCCGACACUGAGCCGGCCUGUGUCACGAGCUGCUCUGAGGACUGCGCUGCAGCGCCUCCAUGGGUCCCCACAGGGGGCGCUUCCAGAAGCAGACAGGGGACAGGAGUAUGAGAUCAUCAGCUUUGCUGAGACAGGUCUCUCCAGCAUCGACCAGAUUCGUCUUGAUUUCCACUUCUCCUCUGAUAGAACUGUUGGCGGCCUGGAGGUCCAGCAGGCCAGCCUCAUGUUCUUUGUGCAGCUCCUUCCCAAUACCACGUGGACUUUGAAGGUGAGGGUCCUCGUGCUCAGCCCACGUGGCACCAACCUCACCUUGGCCACUCAGCACCUGCUGGAGGUGGAUGACAGUGGUUGGCACCAGCUCCUCCUGGGGCCUGAAGCUCAGGCUGCCUGCAGUCAGGGGCACCUGAUCCUGGAGCUGGUCCCUGAAGGCCAAGUAGCCUGGAGCCCAGUCAUCCUGGGUGGGGCUGCCCAUAGGCCUUUUGUGACAGCCCGUGUAAGAGUUGGGGGCAAGCACCGCAUUCGCCGGCGAGGCAUCGACUGCCAGGGUAGGUCCAGGAUGUGCUGUCGACAAGAGUUCUUUGUGGACUUCCGUGAGAUUGGCUGGCACGACUGGAUCAUCCAGCCUGAGGGCUACGCAAUGAACUUCUGCACAGGGCAGUGCCCCCUGCACGUGGCAGGCAUGCCUGGCAUUGCCGCCUCCUUUCACACCGCGGUGCUCAAUCUUCUCAAGGCCAACACCGCUGCGGGCACUGCCGGAGGGGGGUCAUGCUGCGUGCCCACUGCCCGGCGCCCCCUGUCUCUGCUCUACUAUGACAGGAACAGCAACAUUGUCAAGACUGACAUACCUGACAUGGUGGUAGAGGCAUGUGGGUGCAGUUAG